AAAAGAAUGUAAAAGGAACAUAAACUUCAACCAAAGUGCCAAACCAUCUUUCAAAACCUAUUCACAAUUCCAAACUCGGCCUGUAUAAAUAGUGAGCGCAUUGUCAAAUUGCACAUCCGUUUCUUCAAUUCAAAUCGUCUAAGAAAUUCGAGAAAUUCAGGAGCAGCGAUGGUUACGAAUCAAGCUGUGGAGGUGGUGAGGAACGAGAUUCCAGUGGAUCAGUCGGACCUCUUUCUCUCUGGCGAGGUUAAGACCGGUUUGGUGCUUGUAGACAUCAUUAAUGGCUUCUGCACAGUCGGUUCUGGGAAUCUGGCUCCCCAAGCUCCCAAUGAUCAAAUUACCGAAAUGGUUGAUGAAUCAGUGAAACUAGCCAGAGAGUUCUGUAAGAAUAAUUGGCCUGUUUAUGCUGUGGUUGAUUCUCAUCACCCGGAUGUUCCAGAACCUCCUUAUCCUCCCCACUGCAUUGCAGGAUCUGAUGAGUCAAGAUUUGUUCCUGCUUUACAGUGGCUGGAGAGUGAACCAAACGUUACCAUUCGACACAAGGAUUGCAUUGAUGGAUUUAUUGGUUCAUAUGAAAAAGAUGGCUCCAACGUCUUUGUGGAUUGGGUGAAAAGCCACCAGAUCAAAGCUAUAUUGGUUGUUGGGAUUUGCACGGAUGUUUGUGUUCUGGACUUUGUCUGCUCAGCACUCGCUGCAAGAAACCAUGGGAUGCUUUCGCCACUGGAGGAUGUCUUCAUGUACUCCCGUGGUUGUGCUACGUUUGACUUCCCGUAUCAUGUUGCUAGAAAUGUGAAAGAUUCUCUGGCUCAUCCACAGGACCUGAUGCAUCAUAUUGGGCUGUACAUGGCGAAAAGCCGAGGAGCGAAAAUAGUUUCGCAGGUGUCGAUGGGUAAGUAAAGGUACAGUCUCUCUCACUCAGUUUGGUUGCAUAUUUACACUAGUUUUCGAACCCUUAUUUAUUGUGGUCGGGUGUUUAAAUUGUAUGUCGCGCUCCUAUUUAUUGUGGUCGAGUGUUUAAAUUAUGUGUACUAUAGCACCUUUAAAUGCUGUCGCAUAAACUUGCUACAUGUAAGUAGUAGUAAAGUUCUUAAGACUUGUAGCAGUCUCUUAUGAACUUGGUGAAAAUAAAAUAAAGGUUUUUAAAUGUA